GUACCCUGGGGCCUGAUCACGACUCUGGAGUUGUCUCAAACAUGGGUAUCAUGAGAACGUUACAGCUUCUUAUUCUUUUAUUGCCAUUGGCAGCAGCUAUACAGCCUUCAGCACAAGAUCCAGUGCCAGGGCAGAGAUUUCGGCACCUUAAAUGGGGUUCGAUUAACUUUUUGCACACAACAGACAAGCUCGGGAUAAAUAGUCAUGGUUGGCAUGCCGGACAUCUUCAGGAGCCUCAGUAUUCUGCGGACUUUGGGGAUUAUCUAUCGUUCACCUCGCAUCUGAGGAAUAUUGCGGAGGAGAAUGGCGUGGAUUUAAUAGUCCUGGAUACUGGUGAUCGCGCCGAAGGGAAUGGGCUGUGGGAUGCUACCGAUCCCAUGGGAAAAUACACCCGGAACUUCUACAGAGAGCUUCCUCUGGAUAUCCUUACUCUGGGAAAUCAUGAGUUGUAUAACGGCACUACAGCUCAAAAUGAGUUUUUGGAGAUGGUUUCUUAUUACGAGGGGUUUAGUCAAAUAAGCCGCAAGUUUGUUACUGAGCGGCAGGGCUUCAGAAUUAUUUCUUUUGGGUUCCUAUUCAACUUUACCAGAAAUUAUAAAAAUACAAGAGUGAAGACGGCUGCCGACACGAUCAAGGAGUCCUGGUUCCAGGAAGUUAUCCAUGACAUAGACGUGGAUUUGUUCGUGAUUAUCGGGCACGUGGACAUCCACAGCAUUGAGUUCACCCAGAUUUUCGAGGCAAUUCGUGAAGUUCACCCGAACAUCCCGAUCCAGUUCUUUGGUGGCCACUCGCAUAUCCGGAAUUUUAGAAUUUUGGAUAACAAGUCUACCGCACUGGAAUCAGGCAAGUACUUCGAGACAGUGGGAUGGCUCAGCAUCGACGGAAUUAAGGCUCGAGAGGCCCCCGAUAACACAGAUAAUACCUCAAUGGUCGUUUCUAGGAGGUAUAUCGAUGUAAACAGGGCUGGCUAUCAACACCACUUGGGGAAGAAUGCUACCACCUUUGACACUCCUCAGGGAUUGCUAAUGACAGAACGUCUUGCCAAGUACCGCGCCGGUCUGGGCCUUGAUCGCCUUAUUGGGUGCGCUCCGCAGGACUUUUCAUUGAGCAAACAUAUAUAUCCUGGUCCACAGAACUGGUACAGCUACCUGGAAGAGCACAUACUUCCAGUCAUGGUCUACAACAAGGAAAGGAGUCAAGUCCCACGUUUUAUAUUCAUCAACACUGGAUCUCAAAGGUCUGAUGUAUUCAAGGGGCCCUUCACAUACGACUCCAGCUUCCUCAUUUCCCCGUUCACCAGCAAAUUCAUCUAUGCAAAGGACAUCGAUUACUCCAUAGCCAUCCACCUCCGAGACUUCUUCGAGAAUGACGCGGGCCCCUACAAAUCCUCCGACAAAUCCGAGAACCCGCUCGAAAACCGGCAACAAGACACCGCAGAGGUAGACAUCCAAUCUUCGCCAUUAGUCAACCACGACCAGGCACCACUCACCCACUCCCAACCUCGCCACAAGUACUCCAGAGUGAUCGGCUACGCAACAAUAGACGAUGCAGGCACCGACGGCGACGACACGAUCCACAUCCCGCUAAAACGUUACCCGACCCCGAAUGUGAUUCAGGGCAACGCUUCCUUCCCUGAAGACUGGGAAUCCUACCCCCCGGCCAAGAUCGACAUUGUUUUCUUCGACUUCAUCGCCUGGCACGUCGCGGCGGGACUUAAUGAAAUUACCGGCACCAAGGAUUACUCCACAGAGGACUUUUUGCCCUACAUGAGGCAGGAGGAUACGAUGACAAAGCUGCUGUUGGAUUAUGUUGCCAAGUAUUGGGGGCGUGAUUGUUAAGCUUGAUGGACAGUAUCAUACUUGUAGGAUAUGGAGGGCUUUUCUUUUGAGCUUGGGGUAGAAGAAAUGAAUAUAACGCCUACAGUACUUGUAAGUUGGUUGGGGGGGGUUUUUUUCCCUUCAAGUAUAUUAUAAAUGUAUAAUAGGAAAUCUUCGGCCCCG